AAGAGGAGAUUCAAUGGCAAGAUAUGGUUCAUUAUAGUGUUUGGAAUAAUAUUCCAUGCAGUGUUCACUUUAUCCAUAUUCGAUAUCUACUUCCGAUCUCCGCUAGUCCAUGGAAUGACUCCACAUCACAUCAAUCAUUACACCAAUGUUCAGCCACCAGCUCAACGUCUUGUACUAUUCGUAGCUGAUGGAUUGAGAGCUGAUAAAUUCUUUGAAAUGGAGGAUGGAGUUAGUCGCGCACCUUUUAUGAGAUCGAUUGUGGAGCAACAGGGAGCAUGGGGAGUCAGUCAUACGAGAGUGCCGACAGAGACUCGUCCUGGACACGUGGCACUUAUUGCUGGCUUCUACGAAGAUGUUAGCGCAGUGACCAAGGGCUGGAAGUCCAACCCUGUCGAGUUUGAUCAUCUGUUCAAUGAGUCGCGACACUCUUGGGGCUACGGCUCGCCCGACAUCCUACCAAUGUUCUCGGAUCAGGUGGAUCACAUGGCGUCUGAGUCAUACCCACCCGAGGCCGAGAACUUUGCCAGCGAGGCAUCCGAGCUAGACACGUGGGUCUUUGACAAGAUCGAGCAGCUGUUUGACAAUGCCACCAAGGACGAGCAGUUGAUGCGCCAGAUCAAGUCGGACAAGGUUGUGAUCUUUUUGCAUCUUCUGGGCUUGGACACCAACGGCCACGCCUACCGCCCCACCUCGCAAGAGUACUAUGACAACAUUCGCCUGGUGGACAAGGGCAUCCAAAAGACGGUCAAGCUGAUCGAGGACUUUUACAACGAUCAUAGGACGGCCUACGUCUUUACCAGCGAUCAUGGCAUGAGCAACAAAGGCAGUCAUGGUGAUGGCGAGCGCGCCAACACUGAAACGCCCAUCGUGGCCUGGGGCAGCGGCGUGCGCGGCCCCCUCUCCUACAAGUUCCAAAUGGAGAACAUCACACGUCUGCGUGGCAAGGGUCGCGAGUACCUCGCCGUCGAUUCAGACACACCAUCCAACUGGCAGCUUGGCAACCUCAUGCGUUCCGAUGUCAGUCAGGCAGACAUUGCGCCACUAAUGUCCACACUCAUCGGUGUGCCAUGUCCACUCAACUCUGUUGGAGUACUACCCACCGACUAUCUUGGUACCGACGCCAAGUACACAUCAUAUGCACUCUACAGCAAUAUGUUACAAAUAUGGGAGAUGUAUAGACUGAAGUCUGACACAAAGAGAGAGAGUAGCAUGAUGUUUAGUCCAUUUACAAAGUUGAACGAUGCUCAACAAAGACUGAGCAAUAUCAAGGUAUACCUGGAUACAGCUCAAUAUGAGGAUGCACAAUUGGCCUGUCACGAACUGAUUGAUCUAUGUCUUCAAGGUCUAAACUAUUUCCAAACAUAUGACCGACCAUUCCUUAUGACUAUGAUCACAUUGGGAUACUUUGGAUGGAUUAUAACACUAUCACUAUAUGUCAUGAACAACUACACCGAGGUUGGAUCAAAGGCAGACAGGGAACAAGUGAAGCAACUCCUUCCUACAUUGGACAAGAUAUCAAACCUAUUGAUUGCAUUACUAUCACUGGCGUUGUAUGGAUACUUGUUGGCGAACGAAUCACCUGUGCUUUAUUACCUCUAUUGCACAUUUGUUAUAUUCUUUUGGGGCAAGACUAUCCCUGCCAAUGUGUUGCCAGCCUACCUCUUUAUGCAAGAAUACUUUAAUAGUGCCACCACUGCGACACGUGACAAUUCAGCCAGGUCCAAGGUGGUGAACAACUUUAUCCUAUUAUCCAUUGGUGCCGUCAUUGUUAUGGAACUGCUGGUUGUUGCCUACUUUGAUCGUCGCGUUCUCUCCUUCCUCUAUGUACUGCUGGCAUUGGUCUCGAUCAAAAUCAACAACUCUGUCAGUCCAUUGCAAAGAAUGGUUUGGAUUGGAUCAUGUUUGUUAAUGUCCAUCUUCCCAUCAUUGCCCAUUGACUAUGGUAAUGCAACCAAUCUUGUAUGUUUGGGUGGAGUAUUAACAGUUGUGAUGGCACUGGUUGCACAAACAUUUGGACCAUUCACAUCGACAACAUCUACACGCUCACCAACAAAUGGAGGAAUGGUCCAGUCAUCACAACAACCAAAGAUAACACAGUAUAUAUUGAUGGCAGCGAUUGCAUUAUCAGCAUGGCUAGUAUACACAACGGACAGUGCCCUGGUUAAAAAGACUGGUCUACCAUACUUUAACCAAAUCACCAGUUGGAUAUUGUUGGUGGCAAGCUUUGUCACAUUAGCACUACUCAAGGGCAAACACUACUUUGAUCACUGGAUCUAUCUAUGUCUCUCACUCUGCAUCCCAUUCGUAUUACUAAGUAUCUCUUACGAGACACUGUUCUACUGCUUCUUUGUCAUCAACCUUUCCCUGUGGAUGUACACUGAGCUCAAACUUGAGCGUAAGGAUGGACGACCAACAUCAGCAGCCGCCCUGGCAACAACAGACACAAUCACUCAUAAUGAUAUCAAGAGAGCGAUCAUAUAUGUAUGUAAUGUUGUUUGA